AUGGCUCUCAUUAAACCAGGUCAUUAAACACAUGCAUACUUACAAAUUAUGUCUAAAUCAAGUGUCAACUCCCUCCAUCCAUAUAUGCUAGUGAGCAAAUAAAAUGGGCUAUGGGAAUACUAGAUUCAGUCCACAAAACAUGACUGGAUGAGUCUUGUGUUUCAGAGGUCAAGUGGACAGAGAUGCACCGUCUGGCUGACUGGGUUCUGCAGGAGCUGGUGAAGAUUGGGAUCCUGCGUGGGAGUGUGGAGGACAUGCUGAAGGUCCACAUGGGCUCUGUCUUCAUGUCCCACGGCCUGGGACACGUGCACGACGUGGGCAGCUACCCAGAUGUCAGUGUUUCCUGA